AUGGGGGCUUCAUUCAAGAUAGCAAAAACACUGGAAAAGGUGGUGAUACCGCUGGUCUUCCUUACAGCUUCUCUGAUACAAACGCAAGGGGAAUCUGGUGUCUUGGAAUCCGGAAAACCAAAUGGGGACGUUAGUGGAGAAGCAAGCAGGGAAUCUACUUUACAAAUGGUCAACUGGGCUGCCAGCCCAGAAGGCAACCAUAUAUUCUCUACCGGAAUACUGAAAGGCAAGACCACAGGGGACCCUAGUAACAACUUUAACUUUUUCUUUCCAGCCACCAAAGUUCUUGGCACAGUCAAGUGGUUCAAUGUCAGAAAUGGAUAUGGCUUUAUCAACAGAAAUGAUACCAAAGAAGACGUGUUUGUUCAUCAGACGGCGAUAAAGAAAAACAACCCACGGAAAUAUCUGCGCAGUGUUGGUGAUGGAGAGACUGUAGAAUUUGAUGUGGUCGAGGGAGAGAAGGGUGCAGAAGCAGCUAAUGUCACUGGUCCAGAUGGAGUCCCUGUAGAAGGCAGCCGCUACGCUGCAGACCGGCGCCGCUAUAGACGUGGCUAUUUUAGCCGACGCCGUGGGCCUCCUCGAAGUGGUGGUGAGGGAGAAAUCAAGGAUGGGGUCACAGAAGGACAACUUCAUCAACAAGUUCAUAGGAAUCCUACCUAUCGUCCCCGCUAUCGCAGAGGACCCCCACGUCCACGCCCUGCCCCAGUGGCUGGAGAGGCUGAAAACAAAGAGAACCAUCAUGAGGCCAAUGCUAUGAGUCAGCAGCCACUUCGCCGUGGGUAUAGGCGCCCAUACAACUACCGGCGUCGACCUCGUCCACCCAAUGCUCCAGCUCAGGAUGGGAAAGAGACAAAGGUGACUGAAACACCUGCUGAAAAUCCUGCUCCAGUGACCGAGCAGAGUGGUGCUGAGUAAUGUCCGGCUCCCCAGGCACCUUUACCAUCCCUCAGGUGUCCUAAAAUACAACUCAAAAGUAACACCAAAGAAACACUUAAGCAAUAAAUUGUCAACAGUGAUGACGAAAGCAAAGAUUUGAAACAUCGGAACUUAAAAGAAAAAAAAAUACCAGCAGCUGAGAUCCAGGGAACGCCUGCAAGAUAGAUGCAUGAAGAGAGGAAAAGAGAGCGAGAUUCAAAAAGAGCAACCUCCCCAGUUUCAACAGCAACUGUGGGGAAUUUUUUUUUAGAAUUUCACUGUUUCGCUAGUAUUGAAUUUUUCAAUUUUUCUUUUGGUAUCAAACUGAAAAGGGAAAAAACCCAACCAAAGAACUGAAAUUGAAAUCAAAUGCUUUUUUUAUUGGAUGCUGGUGCUAAACCUCCCAGGUGUGAUGAGUUUUUUUUUUUCUGUGCCAGUCCUGUUCACUGCAGGACACGGGGAGGAGAAACUUCCGCUUUCCUUGGUAAGAUCUAUUUGAAACUGUGCAGCAUGGGUGACGUUCCUCACAAAUAAAAGUGAUUUCAACUACCAAAAA